GACACUGUGGUGGAGACCUCGUGGAGGACGCGGCGGGAUGGGGCAGUCAGGGCGGUCUCGACACCAGAAGCGCGCGAGAGCCCAGGCGCAACUCCGCAACCUCGAAGCCUACGCCGCUCAGCCGCACUCGUUCGUGUUCGCUCGGGGCCGCGCAGGUCGCGGUGUCCGGCAACUCAGCCUAGACUUGCGGCGGGUCAUGGAGCCACUCACCGCCACCCGUCUGCAGGUACGGAAGAAAAACUCUCUGAAGGAUUGUGUGGCAGUGGCCGGGCCCCUUGGGGUCACACACUUCCUGAUCUUGAGCAAAACAGAAACCAAUAUUUACUUUAAACUGAUGCGCCUCCCGGGAGGCCCCACUUUGACCUUCCGGAUCAAUAAGUACACACUGGUGCGAGACGUGGUCUCCUCCUUGCGCCGGCACCGCAUGCAUGAACAACAGUUUGUGCACCCCCCCCUCCUGGUGCUCAACAGCUUUGGCCCCCAUGGCAUGCAUGUGAAGCUCAUGGCCACCAUGUUUCAGAACCUGUUUCCUUCCAUCAAUGUGCACAAGGUGAACCUCAACACUAUCAAGCGCUGCCUUCUUAUCAACUAUAACCCAGACUCCCAGGAGCUGGAUUUCCGUCACUACAGCAUCAAAGUUGUCCCUGUGGGUGCAAGUCGUGGGAUGAAGAAGCUUCUCCAGGAAAAGUUCCCCAACAUGAGCCGCCUUCAGGACAUCAGCGAGCUGCUGGCCACGGGCGCGGGGCUGUCAGAGAGUGAGGCAGAGCCAGACGGUGAGCAUAACAUCACUGAGCUGCCACAGGCCAUCGCCGGGCGAGGCAACAUGAGGGCACAGCAAAGUGCUGUCCGCCUCACUGAGAUUGGCCCUCGAAUGACACUGCAGCUCAUCAAGAUCCAGGAGGGCGUUGGGGAAGGGAAUGUGCUGUUCCACAGUUUUGUGCACAAGACGGAGGAGGAGCUGCAAGCUAUCCUGGCAGCCAAGGAGGAGAAGUUACAACUCAAGGCCCAGAGGCAGGACCAGCAAGCCCAGAACGUCCAACGCAAGCGGGAACAGAGAGAAGCCCACAAGAAGAAGAGUCUGGCAGGCAUGAAGAAGGCAAAGACAGUUGAUGGGGACAGUGAUGCUGAGGACCCUGGGGCUCCACCAGAGGCAGAAGGGGCUGGCCUGCAGGAAGAAGAGGAUGAACUGGAGUAUUUCCGUCAGGCGGUGGGCGAGGAGCCUGAUGAGGACAUGUUCCCAAUGGCAGCCAAGAAGAGACAGCCCUCCUGGCUCCCAGGCAAAAAGCAGCGGGCAAAGAAACAGAAGCUGGAUCAAGGGGGUGACCGGAGGCCUCCAAAAGCCAAGGGCAAGCCCUGGAGGGCUGGCCGAGACCAGAGACGUGGCCAAGGCCACACGCGGCCUUCUAAGAAAGUGCCUUGAGUCUGAGCAGAGCAGCCUGUGGAAUGCCCCAGAUUGGGGCCUGAGAGACACUACCCUGGACUCCUUCAGUCUCCAGGAACAGCUCUCAGUUUCCUUUCAUAAAGGAUGUUUCCCCCAACCUCACACUCCAAUAAACAACUGG